CGGGGUUGCGGGACGGGUCCGAAGCGCCCGCGCUCCCCCUCGGGCUCUCGGCGCGGCCUCGGGAAUUCCGCAGCUCAGCGGGCUGGGGGUGAGGCGGGGGCCGUGCCGGGCCCGGUGUGCUCCUGCUGGUGGGGCUCGGCAGGUGCCCGUAUCGCCGUGUGUGCAUCGAGCCCAGCGCUGGGCGCGCUGCCGGAGCCGUCCGUCUCGAAUGCUCCGCAGCCGUCGGUCACCGACGAGGCAGCGCCCGCACGGUUACCAGCCGUCACACGCUCCGCAGAUCCGCACCUCCCGCACCGGCGGGAACCUCACCAGAAGCCCGGCGGGGCGCGCUGCGCCGCGCAAGAAGGCCGAGGUGCCCCGCAGCCGCAAGAAGAAACGAGUGUACCCCGAAUCUUCCGCUUUUAUUUUCCCCGCAGAUCGGCAGGAGCAAACGAAAUCCAACAACGAGAAUUCAUUUUCUGUCCGGGCUGGGCAGCCGCUCGCCUACGACCAACGUCUCCUGCUGCCUCGCCGACGGGAGCGCGGAUGCCAACCGCCGUCGGCCGCUCUCUUCCCUGCACGACGGCGCCGCCACGGCUCUGCUGCCGUCCCGGGAUUUCCUAAGAGCCGCGCACCUUCCGCGGGAAGCCGAGAGCGGAGCCCCGGCCGGUGCGUGUCCGCAGCCCUCCGGGGGUUCCCGGCUCCGCGCCCGCGGUUCACUGCCAAAGUUCGGCUCGGCGCUGCGCACGGCUCGACGGGGCUUCCUCUUUACACGGCUGCAGCCGUCGCUCUCGCGGUGCUCCUACUCUGCCUGUUGCUUCCCAAAGGGAGAAAUGCAAAAUAAAGAUCGAAAGCAGACAGAAAAAG